AUGGCCUCGUCAAAACAAGCUGUUGUCUGUGUCUUCUGCGGGGCAACAUCUGGCAAAGAUGCUGCCCACCUCGAAGCCGCGCGAGCGCUGGCGUAUGAAUUUCACAAGAACAAUGUCCAGCUUGUCUACGGUGGUGGAACGACAGGACUCAUGGGCGAGGUCGCAAAGACACUUGUGGCCCUCUCAGGGCCAAAAUCUGUUCACGGGGUGAUUCCCCGUGCGCUCGUGCAGGUGUCAGGGAAGCGUGAGGGGGCGGAAGUGAACGGGGGCGCCAAAGCUGCUGAGCGUGUCCUCGCUGCGGGAACUCACAUUGACGAGAAGGAUUGUAUUCCCGAGAGCGAGUACGGGGUCACGACGAUCGUGCCCGAUAUGCAUACGCGUAAGAGGCUCAUGGCGACAAAGGUCAUGGAGGGGGGACCCGGGUCGGGAUUUGUUUCACUCGCGGGUGGGUUUGGUACUAUCGAAGAGCUGAUGGAGAUGACGACGUGGAAUCAGUUGGGGAUCCAUCAUGUGGGUGUGGUCUUGUUGAAUGUGAAUGGGUAUUGGGACGGCGUGGUGGCUUGGUUGCACCAUGCGGUCAGCCAGGGAUUCAUCAGUGCUGAGAAUGGGAGGAUCCUGGCCGAGACGAGCAAUCCCACAGAGGUCUUGCCCAUGUUGAUGCGGUACCAGGGCAGCUCGGAUCGGAUGCUGCUGAACUGGGGGGAUGAGUGA